UCACGCUCACAGUCUCACACUCACUCACAGAGAGAAGCGGCAGCCAGGCUAGCUAGCUAGUCGACCAAAGGCUAGCAGAUCGUGCCCGGCUCAGGCGGGAGGAGGAUCGAUGGCGUUCAUGCGGUACCGCGCGCUGCCGCAGGGGGAGGUGACGGCGGAGGAGUUCUGGGCGUGGCUGGGGCAGUUCGACGCGGACCACGACGGCCGGAUCAGCCGGGAGGAGCUGCAGCGCGCGCUGCGGAGCCUCAACCUGUGGUUCGCGUCCUGGAAGGCGCGGGGAGGGGUGCAGGCCGCGGACGCCAACCGCGACGGCACCGUCGGCAAGGAGGAGGCUGGCCGGCUCUUCGCCUACGCGCAGAAGCAGCUCGGCGGUAAGAUCACGCAGCUCGGCUCCUACUGAUCAGGCUGGGCAUGAUUUAAUCUGCUGCUGUAACUACGAUUGUGCGUAUUUUUACGAAUGAGAUGGAUGUUUGUGUUU